CAUCGCCAUAGUGAUUUUUGACAAGUGCUUCGAAUUUCAGCUUGAUGGUCAAAUAUCGUAAAAAUUGCUAAAAGAACUGUCUCAAGUCGUCAAUCAUGAGUGCCGUUACCACGGCAACGAGUGUGAGUACCUCAGACCCCGGCUCUGUGUUAACUGGUCGCCAGCCCCCAGAACAAGUCCCCGAGGAAAUCCCCACGGUCAGCGAGGAGGCCGUCAAGUUUGUGGAAAGCAUUGUUCCAGAGGAUGACUAUAAAUACCUGAUGUUUGAUGACCACUUGGUGACCGUGUCAGACACAGGUAAAGAGCUGGGAGAGUUCAGCAUUUCUGUGGAGCCCACGCGAUACAAACAGACAGACUGCUUCCUCAUCCACGCUAACAGUCAUGGUUCAAUCGAUGGCGUUCCCUGCGGAACCUCCAUAACCGCUUAUGUAGGUCAGAACCUGGAGACCAUAGAACAGCAGCAUCAUGAAUAUGUCAAGCUUGAAAAUUGCCCUUUAGAUAGAAAAACAUUUAUAGUGAAGCAACCAGACAACUACAUUGUAAAUAGAGUGAUAACACAGGGAGAGGAUGUACAGAGAUCUUCAAAGACAUUUGACCACAAACAGAUGAAAGGCUUUAUUUCUGAGGGAUCAAACUUACUUCUACAUCGACUAUUAAUAGAAAAGGGAAUUCCUGACAAUGUGCAGUUCCUUUCCUUUGACUCGGAUACCAAUCUGUGUUCUGUGAUCUAUAGGCCAUUAGAGGAUCGCACACAAACUGUAGGUACCACAGAAAUCCGAGUGUUCGGAGUCGAGCGGACAAUCAACUCCUACGCUGAUCUCCCAACGACAUGGCAGUCCUACUUCAUGCAGGAUUGUCACAUGACAAACAGGGUUCAGGUGGGGUCACCCGUGACCAUGAAAUUGACGUCAGUUCCAAAUCUCAUUGAAAGAGAUGAGGAGCCUCCUAAGCCAGUGUUUGAGAAGAAAGAGCUGAACUGGGAGGAUGACAUGCAGUUAUACUCCAAAUUUCUAGACAGAAAGGAGGAAUUAAAAGGAGACCAUACCACAUACAUGCGCUCACACCCAGAGCUCAAAAACCUACUGGCUGACUUCCUCCAGUUCCUGUUACUAAGGAAACCGGACGAUGUCGUUCAAUUUGCUGCAGAAUAUUUCUCCUCCUUUUCUGCCUCCAUGCCAUCUCUGACACCAUAUUUGGCGUCUAAUGCACCAACACCAUUUCCAGCCAGUCGAACAAACACCAAAAUAGACCAGCUAAGGGCCCCAACCAGAUAAAUUGUCAAAAGAGGGGGAAAGACAACAAUGAAUCCUUAAUAAGUUAUACUGUGUAUAUGGUUCAAGAUUGGAACAAUAAGGUCGUGUAAAACUGUAUACUUAAAGCAAUCAUUUUUGA